GGUCUGGCAGUAUGAGAUUUGCUUCUGUCUGACCAAUGUGGUGGAUUAUCACCUCCAGACAUGGACAAACAUCACACCUAUUGCUGAGAAGCCUUCAUCUGGUCUGUAAGGAGUUAAUACAUCUCCACCCACAACUCGAAUUCCUGUGCAAACAGGAUGCACAUUGUGGUAAAUAGAAAAGUUUCGGUUUCGUUGCACAGUCCACAAUGGCGUCCGCUGACCUGAGGGACGAACUGAGCUGCUCCAUCUGCCUGAACAUCUACACCGACCCGGUCACCCUGAGAUGUGGGCACAACUUCUGCCGAGACUGUAUUGAUCGUGUGCUGGAUUCACAGAGGAGCAAAGGGGCCUACACCUGCCCCGAGUGCAGGCAGAGGUUCAGGCAGCGGCCAUCAGGGUACAGGAACGUUACUCUGAGAGGUCUAGCCGAGCAUUUCCAGCCUCCCCAAGGAGAGGUCGGGGUCACGUGCACCUACUGUCUGCACCACCCGGUACCUGCUGUGAAGUCCUGUGUGUUGUGUGAAGCUUCUCUAUGUGGGAGACACCUGGAGGUCCACAACAAAUCACCAGAACACGUCUUCAUUAACCCCAACACCUCCCUGGAGGACCGGAAAUGCUCGGCCCACAACAAGAUCCUGGAGUAUUUCUGCUUAAAAGAUGAGGUCUGUAUCUGUGUUUACUGUCGGGUUGAUGGGCACCACAAUGGGCACCAGGUUCAGUCCCUGGAAGAGGCCUCUGAGGUGAAGAAGAAGAAGCUGAUGAAGAAUCUGGAGACCUUGACCUCUAACAAGAGGGAGGCCGAGAAAAAAAUCCAGAAUUUACAUGAACGCUUAAGAAAAGAGGCGGAAAAGGCGGUGAAGAUAAAAGAUGGAGUCACAGCACUGUUCAUAGACCUCAGAAGACAACUGGAGGACCUGGAGAUAGGAGUCCUGAAACAGAUCUCUGCGAGGGAACAACUGGUGUCAGAUGUCAUCUUAGAUCUGAUCCAACAGCUGGAGAUAAAGAAGAACCAUCUGUCCAGGAAAAUGGGUCAAAUUGAGGAGCUGUGUAAGACGACUGAUCCCAUAGCAGUCUUACAGGACCCAAAAUAUGAAAAGAGUGUCCAUUGGAGUCAAGAGCAUGACAAAGACCUGCGUGGUGAGAAGGGUGAAGAUCCAGGAGACCUGGAUGAGGACCUGAUCAGGAAGACCAUACAUGACCAGGUAUCUGAUGUGAUGAUCCAUGUUAACCCCUGUCUGUUUCUGCUGGACCCUGUAGACCUCUUGUUAGAUGUAAAGACUGCUGCUAAUAAUCUACGUAUAUCAAAAGACUUGAAGACUGCAACGUUGACUUAUAUACAUCAAGAACGACCACCCUGCCCAGAGAGAUCUAAGAAAAAUGAAGUUUUUAGUACUCAGAGUUUUUCAUCCGGUCAACAUUACUGGCAGGUGGACACCAGCAAAUGGGGCAACUGGAGGCUGGGUGUGAGCUAUCCCUGUAAAGAUGGUGUCUGGGGGGCCUCCUGGGCUUUGUGCAGGAAUAAUAACCAAUGUAUAGCAGUGGAUGAGAGGAACACUGUCCAUCUGUCCAAUCAUUUAUACUGUCAGAGAUUCGGGGUGUAUCUGGAUUAUGAGGCCGGGCACUUGUCCUUUUACCAGCUGGGUGAUCACAUCAGGCACCUGCACACCUUCACCACCACCUUCAUGGAGCCCCUUCAUGCUUCAUUCUGGCUACAUAGUAAAGAUAAUGCUACCUGGGUCAAAAUCAAAAGCUAGAGGACCAACUUGUGAUCACUAAUGGAAGAUACAUCCAGGAUGGUGAAGCUCCAUCUCUUAAUGGCCGCUGUAACUUGAACCCAAUCCAUUUAUAGACCUAUAUGGAAUAAUGAAGCCAGGGCUGGCUUUUCCCGGCAGAUGCCCUGUGCCCACGGACUUAGCUGAAGACUCUUGGGUGCAAAAGUUCCGCUUGAGCGCCCAAACAUGUUGUCUUCAUGCCUGCUGGCCAGCUGGGUCUCUGGGCAAGUCACCCAUCGAUGCAGCACAGACAGCCAGGGGGAUUGCUGGGGUCUUCAAAGACCAGGGGUACAAACAGCAGGACAUAUGAUGAAUGUAUCUGGGUCUGAAAUGUACCCCUCUAUAUCCACAAGCCCCAUUGACAGUGAAUUAAGCAGUAGUGCACACAUGUGGCCACCAAUACUUUAAAAUGGGGGACCCGUGACCUGUGUAUAUCCCGUAGACACCUAUUUUAUACAUAGUUUCUAUCUGGUGAUCGGCGUUGUUGGUUGUUUGUGUCUUGUAUGUAAAAAUCUGUUAUUGGUCAAAACUAUAAAAUCAAAUAAAUAUGGAUGAUAAACAUUGGAACAUAACUUGGCUUGUUACCCCGUCCACAGCAACUCCCAAGUCAGACCCUCCCGACACAUUCCACUGUCUAUACCGGGACAGACCUACCAUUCCAGGUGGUGGGGGGUAUGUGGUGACAACAACCAGCACAAUGUAGUGUGGCCCGACAGUCACUUGUAGUCACCUUUUAUUACCAUUACUUAUCAUGGACACACAGUGAAGGGAGCCCCAUCAGUCACAACACCAUGUUCCAUGGCCGUUGGCCCAAAUACCACUGGGUAAACCAAGCCCACCGGCUCAUGGUCAACCCCCAAGGCACUUCUAGCCAACACAGAUGACCUUUUAUGUGUCUGGUCCAGAACCAUGGUCUCCCGCAGUCAAGGUCACCUUCAGCUGAGCCCAUGGUUUCCUUCCUUUGGUGGACAAUAGUGUGGAGAGAGGCUUCACCCCCGGCAGACCAUGUGACUUAUGUCAUAUUGUCUUUGGCCACAUGAAAUGCUUAGAAAGGUCAUAGCGGGAGAUU